GCGCUCCCCGCCCCUGCCGGGCCCAGCGGCCGCCGUGAUUGACGCCGGGCCCGGGCUGGCCGCGCUGGGCAGCGCCCGGGAGGGACUGCGGCGUUGUCGUUUUCGGCCGCUGCUCCGCCCGCAAAAGCCGAAGGGUUGUUAAGUUUUAAACACUCUCGAUUUCGGUGAAGUUUCCUCAGAAGGUCGUGUCAGCUUGUUUGUGCUGCUGAAAUAAUGUGGCGGAAAUGAUAGCCGAGCCCAACGCAGCCAGUAACCUUCCCAGCCAAAAAGAGAAUGCUGUCCAUGAUGAGACAGUGCCCGAGUCUCCUGCUCAGAAUGGCACCUGUGUGAGAAAUGGCAACCUGAAAACACCAAGAGAGAAGCGGAAGGUCCGAGAGCAGUGCGAAAACAUAAGGAGGAAUUCUCCCGCUAGCAGAAGAGUGAGCCAGCUGCAGAAUGGAGAAGUGGUUGAGGCAGUUACCUUGUUUGAAGUGGUUAGCAUGGGGAAGCAGGCCAUGCAGUCUGUAGUAGUUGGCUGGGUUGAAGCUUAUAAACAAGACAGGAAUGUGGCACUUCUGGAUCUCAUCAACUUCUUCAUUCAGUGCUCAGGCUGUCAAGGCAUGGUAACAGCAGAGAUGUUUCAAAGUUUGUACAAGAAAGAUAUCAUGCAAAAAAUGACAGAGACCUUUGAUAAGGAAACUGGGUUGCAGUAUAAGAAAUUCAUGGCCUAUCCUUGGAUCCUGACAGUUACUUGGCCGGUGGACAUGGACAAUGAAGACUACCCACUGAUCAGAACAGGACCCUAUUGGAAGAAGUUCAAGGCCAAUUUCUGUGAAUUCAUUGCAGUGCUUGUCCAGCAGUGCCAGUGCAGCAUCCUGUAUGAUAACUACUUGAUGGACGCCAUCAUCUCGCUGCUUACAGGGUUAGCAGAUUCCAUGGUCAGAGCAUUCAGGCACACAAGCACUUUAGCAGCAAUGAAACUUCUCACAGCAGUUGUAAGCGUCCAUCUGAACCUUGAUGUCAACAAGCACAACGCUCAAAAAUUGUAUGAGGUGGAGAAGAAGAGGCUAAGUGGCAAGAGGACCAGUUACAGACUUGAUCAGCUAGAGAGAAAAAGGAAAGAGUAUGAGCAUAAGCUUCUAGAGAUACAGAACAUGAUGAAUGCUAUUUUCAAAGGGACUUUUCUAAACCGUUACCGUGAUGUUAUCCCUGAGAUCAGAGCAACUUGCAUUGAAGAAAUUGGCAGCUGGAUUAAAACAUACCCAGAUGCUUUUUUGAAUGAUAGCUACUUAAAAUAUGUUGGAUGGAUGCUCUAUGAUAAGCAAGCCGAAGUGCGGUUGAAAUGUCUUCUGGGACUGCAGGGAAUUUAUAGCAGAAAAGAACUUGCUUCCAGGAUGGAUCUCUUUACUAACAGAUUCAAGGAUCGAAUUGUGUCCAUGCCUCUGGACAAGGACCAUGAAGUAGCAGUUCAAGCCAUGAAACUCUUGAUGCUUAUGUCACAGAACUGUGAGGAUGUGUUAUCAGCUGAAGACUGUGAAAUGUUAUACCAGUUUGUUUAUACCACUCACCGUCCGCUCGCAGUAGCAGCUGGGGAAUUCCUUUAUAAAAGGCUGCUUAGUCAUAAGAGAGAUAAAGAAGUUCAGCCCAAAGGAGGAGGAAAGUUUGGGGCAAGCACUGACCAAUUGAAAAGGUUAAUAGACUUUUUCCUGGAGAGUGAGCUACACAAACAUGUUGCAUACCUAGUAGACAGCUUGUGGGACUGGGCAGGCAAAUUCCUGAAGGACUGGGAGUGCAUGACCACUCUGCUGUUAAAAAAUGCUGAAGAAGCUGGAGAAGCACUGAGCGAUGCCCAGGAAAGUGCUCUCAUCGAAAUCAUCCUCGCGACAGUCAGAGAAGCAGCUGAAGGUCAUCCUCCAGUGGGCAGAGGUGCAGCCAAAAAAAUUUUGUCAGUAAAAGAGAAGAAAAUCCAAUUGGAAGAUUGUACCAAAAUUACUGAGCACUUUAUUAUGGUGCUUCCUCAGCUCUUGGCAAAGUAUUCAACAGAUGCACAAAAAGUGGCAAGUCUUCUGCAGAUUCCUCAGUAUUACAAUUUGGAUGUUUACAGUACAGGACAUCUAGAGAAGCAUUUGGAUGCUUUGCUGAGAGAGAUAAAAGACAUUGUGGCCAAACACUCCGACAUGUCUGUCCUCGAGGCUUCCUCCAGGACUUACUAUGUUCUCUGCCGUGAAGAAAUUGCCAUCUAUAGCCAGGUGGAUUGUGCUCGAACUCAAAUGAUAGAUGAGUUGAUGAAACAGCUUAACCAGCUACUAGAUUGCUUCUGGCAAAAGGAAGGAGGAUUUUGUACAGAUGCAGGAGAAAUUUCCCGGAUGCACUCUACUUUGAGAAGAGUAGCAGCUUUUCAUAACCUGCUGAGGCUACUGUGGUUUUCCAAAGAGAAGUCUAAUGCUGAGUUGAGAAUACUCAAUUAUAAUACUAUUAUCCUACCAGCUCUCCAGUGCACAUAUUUUUCUCUCCUGUGGCAACUAGCUGCAGUUUCAGAAAAUUCUCCCAAGGAGACUCUUUUUCCACUAAGAAGGCAGCUGAGACAUUUCAGUCAGAUUUGCACAUGCUUCCUCCACCAUAAGGAAAAAGAUGUAAGAGAAAAGGCCUUCAUGAUACUUUGUGACUGGUUGCUGAUUUUGAGUCACCUGGAUUCAAAUAAUGAAGAAGCAGUUGGACUUCUAGGUUAUCUUCCUAACACACAACUUCAGGAAAAGCUGUUUUCAUUUAUCCAGGAACACGUUUUCAAGGAUGGAGAAGAGGAAAAAAAAGAUCUGACAGAAGAGGGAAAGGAUGACACUUGCAAACUUGAUGACUUGCACAAAAAGCGGAGUCUUCUGGCAGCAUACUGCAAGUUAAUAGUGUAUAAUGUGGUAGAGAUGACUGCAGCUGCUGAGAUCUAUAAGUAUUAUGUGAAGACCUACAGUGAUUUUGGAGACAUAAUUAAAGAAACGUUAAGCAAGAUGAGGUACAAUAACAAAAUUCAGAGUGCCAAGACACUGAUUCUCUGUCUGCAGCAGCUGUUUCAGACACAUGCAGAAAGCCAAGACAGCAGUAAUGGUGUGGACUUCUCCUCUCCUUCCUUUGCAAACAUCAAAGAACUUGCUCGCCGCUUUUCACUAACAUUUGGUUGGGACCAAGUGAAAUCUAGAGAAUCUAUAGCCAUGAUACACAAGGAAGGGAUUGAAUUUGCUUUUCAAGGAGCUACUGGAGUAGAUGGAAAAUGCUUGCCUCCUAACUUGAGCUUUCUGUUAAUCAUCAGUGAAUUUUCCAACAAGCUGCUAAAGCCAGACAAAAGACUAGUGUACAGUUACUUACGGAGGUACAUAACAGAGCCACUGCCCUGCAGAGGAGACAAAUGGCAGCCUUUGGUCUGGUACAGAAACUCUUUAUUGGCAAAUGAAGAUGAGGAGAGCUCUGUCCUUGGCAGUUUGGGAGAGUGGCCCCCUGUGGGCUCAUCUAAGACAUCUUCUUUUAAAAGGAAAUUGUCUAAUGGGUCUUUGCCUGAAACCAGCCAGACUGAAGCAGGAAGCAAAGCCCCAGAACAGCAGUGUGUUUCCCAGUUUUCCUCUGCAGCAGGGAAAAGCAGAAAGAGGCUGAAAUCUCAAGAGAUGCACUUGCAGGAACAUUUGCCAUUCCUUUGUCCAGGAGGGCUGCGUAGAAAAUACUGCAAAGACGAGGUUAAGAGAGAAGAUGUCUCCGAGGGGGGUCCAGAAGACACAAUUGAAGAUGUUGAUGUCGUUGGUACAGAGCAGGACAGUUAAGACACUGAGAGGAUGAACAGAAGUGAAGCACACGCUAUGUUUUUUCUGCAAAUUGUUUAACUCAUCCAUGGUGUGAGAGCAUCAACUGAGGUGGCAGGAGACAUGGAUCAAGUUGUCUCUGUGCCCAUGGGCAUCCACCCAGAACCAGUCUGUAGCACUGUGGUUGAUUUCUCACCAUUGCUGGUUGUGAGCGUUACUGAGGUGGCUGCUGCAGCGCUAGGGUUGGGCAUUCUGAGCAUCAUUACUCAGCUGCAUCCUGAUCCUUGAUGCUGCCUUGGAAAAGCUCACAGCUGCACUGAAUCAAAGACACUGUGAACCAGGUGAGACAAGCUUGUUUGAAGCAUGUCGGGGCAGUGCUCUGCUGGCCAUGUUCUUUACUGUUUAAGAUAACCAAAUGGAGAUGUGUAUGUUUCCUGGCACCCAGUGCAGGGGAGAAAAGAGCCUGGCCCACCUGUGAGCACUGGGACCUACUAGCUGAUAACAAGUGCCAUUUGCUGUGGAAAACCUGGAGCAGUCAUGGGAAAGUAUUUCUGAAUUCCAUUGCUUAGAAAGAUGUGGCUAGAGGACAUGUUCCAGGAAAACUUAUCAAGGCUUCAGAGUAAGAAAGAAACAAUGGACCAACUGACUAUUUUCCUCUGGAAGACGUCCUUUGUACAGUGAUCAUGUGGUGUCUAUUGGAAAAAGCCUGGAAGACAAUGUAAAUAGACUGUAAAUAUGGCCAUUCAAAAAUAGAGGUUUUUUUGCAUUAAGAAUUUGCAAAUGAUCAUCACUCAAGAGUGUUUCAGUGGCAGUAGGCUGGGGAGUGGGGGCUGCUUUCACUGACCCUUCUCACUGCUCCCUGGAAUUGUACAUUGCAGUAAUCAUAUCAGCUUUAUUUUUUUAUAUAUAUAUAUAUAUAUUUUGGAUUGUAACUGUGUAAAAUAAACUACAGAACUAUUGCUA